AUGGGGCCUCAACCCCGUGGGUCACGUGUGUCCGAAGCUGUCCGUGCUACGGGUUUCCGCCACCUCGAGGAGCUGGAGGAUGCGCUGCGGCUCCGGGAGCGCCUGGCGAUGAUGGACGCCGACUUGCGACAACAGUUCAAGUGCCAUGAGGAGUUCCUCGUCCGAUCGAAGGAGGUCGCCCAAGUCUUGAAGGAGCAAGUCUUAGAGCUCGACGACUGCGAAGAGCUGGACGAGGACAGCGAGGUGUCCUCACCGGUGGGGACGCCAUGCAGUGAGGAGAUCUCGACAGCUCCACCAGAGGAGGGCGGGGAGUCUCAUCUUUGGGAGAAGAAAGAGGCGAACAUCACGCCGGAGCGUUUCUUACUGCAGCGCUUGUCGGAAACUCCUUUAAGGCAGUCAGCGAAGCGUUUAGGCCUCGAGGUGGAGGGUGGCAAGCCGGAGAUCAUCUCGGCGGUGAUGAGGGAAAUCCGCCGUCAGCACAGGGUGACGCGGCAAAAAGCCCGAAACGCAGCGGAGGCGGCGCGUGGUUUUCAGGCGCCGAAAAGCAGCGAGGUGAGACCGCCGCCCUCCACACCGGCCUAUGCCUGUGCCAAGCUGGGCCGCGUGCGACGGGAGUGCCUGGCAGCCUGA